CCAUAUUUAUAACCGAAAAUUCACAUUCCAAAAAAUUUAGAGAGAGGAGAGAGAGAGUACGAAGGAGAGAUCUACUUCUCUACCAAAUUUUACAUCAUUACAAAUAUACAAUAUGUAUGUGUAUCUCUCCUCUCCGAUCUAAUCGGCCUCAUGUCUGGAAAUUAGGGUUUUUGAUGUUCUAAUACUGCGUGAAUUUGUAUUUAUUUGAACGAAUUGUUGUUAAUUAGGAUGUAUGUUUUGUUUUGUAUUUGAAUUUGGGAGCGAUAUGGUGUUGUUCGUAUAAUAAAGGUAGGAUUUUGGUGGAUGAAUUGGGGUUACAUUUCUGUAUUGAAUGAAUGGCUGGAAAGCAGGAUCAUUUGUUAGCUGGAAAGAAAAAGUUGGAAGAAUUCCGCAAGAAAAAAGCCGCCGAGAAGGCCAAGAAGACUACAGUCAAUAGCCAUUCUCAUCCUGCUGGUGCUGCUCUGCAGGAGAAACAAUCUUUGGAAUCUGAUCCCAUAAGGGUCGCUGAUUCUGAUGGGGCCGGUACUUCUUAUGGGUCCAUUGAAACUUCUGGGAAGAAUAUAAACAGUGACAAUAGGACUGAUUUAGGCUCUUCUACUGCCAAAGAUGCCAAUACCAUAUUUUCUACAAACAAUUAUAAUGUAUAUUCUCUAGAUCCUUUUCAGACUUCUGCUAAGGAUGAAAAGUUUAGGAAUGCACCUACAGAAGAGGUCAAUGUUCAUGUCAGUCCUGAUCACAGAGGGACCAUAAAUAACCAUGCUAUCAGUUCUGAGACUUCAGCAAGACUUGCUGAUGGGAUUGUGAAAGAACACAUUAUGCCCUCUUUUGUCCCCUCACUGCAAGAUAGUGGUAGCUCCAGUAAACACAGUAAUUAUGGGUUGGGAUUAUCCUACACUAAUGAUAGUGACACUCGGAUGAAAGAUACUGCAGAUUCUGAUACUUAUAUCUUUUCUGAAGAAUAUAAGAGUAACAUACCGCACAAGUCAAACUACAAAGACCUGCGUGCUAGUGAUUCAAAAUCGUUUUCUUCUUUUACUAAUGGGGGGAUUGAUGAAAGGAAGUUUAGUAGUUCUGUUGGUCAUUUAACCAGCGCAAGUAGCCCAUUCAACUCAAAGGAAUCUGGAUAUUCCAGUGCUAAUUUUGAUGGUAGAAACCCAUCCAGUCAGGUGACGGCAGAUCCUUUUGUAGGAGGAACUAAUACAAGGCGUUCACGUCCGUCUUUCCUAGAUUCCAUCAACACAUCAAGAAUCUCUUCAGCACCCAUUCCACAAGUUGAAUCACAGAAUGUGGAGUCAUCUAAUUCAGAAGUUCACUCUGUGAAUGCUCAGGCUGCUUCCGCUUCUCAGGAUUCUAUUAAUGCCUUUGGUUCUAGUAAUGGGCACCAUCUCUUUGGGCAUGAUGGCAGCGGAAACAACUUUGAUAGUACGCAUAGUUUCUACUCAACAAAACAGAAUGAAGAUUUCGCUGCUCUAGAACAGCAUAUUGAAGAUCUAACGCAGGAAAAGUUUUCUUUGCAACGAGCUCUUGAGGCUUCACGAACUUUAGCGGAGUCUCUAGCCUCCGAGAAUUCAGCAUUAACAAAUAGCUACAAUCAGCAGGGAAGCGCUGUUCACCAAUUGAGAUCUGAUAUGGAAAAUCUACAGCAGGAGAUUCGGAUUCACCUGGUGGAACUCGAAUCUCUAAAAGGUGAAUAUGCAAAUGCACAGCUCGAAUGCAGCGCAGCUGAUGAACGUGCAAAGUUGUUGGCUUCUGAAGUUAUUGGUUUGGAAGAGAAGGCUCUCAGAUUGAGGUCUAGUGAGCUCAAAUUGGAGAGGCAACUGGAGAAUUCUCAAGCAGAAAUCUCUUCACUAAGGAAAAAAAUUACCAGUAUUGAAAAGGACCGUCAAGAUCUGCAAUUGACUAUUAAUGCUCUGCAAGAGGAGAAGAAACUAUUGCAAUCUAGGCUUCGAAAAGCUUCCACGACUGAGAAGUUUGCUGAUGUUAGCAAGAGCCAAAAUCUUGACAAAAAGAAUGCAUCAACGUCUACGGAAGAUCUUGUUAACAAUUAUACAGAUUCAACAGUAGACACUUCAAAUAAUGAAAUGCAAUCUGAUGGAUUUCUACAUCACAGUAAUGGUUCAUCACCUGAAAAUAGACAAUUCAGUUUAGAAGGUUUCUCAUUGAGUGUUCUUCCUCCUGAUCAGAUGAGAAUGAUUGGAAGUAUUGAAACAUUAAUAUCGGAGUUAGCACAGGAGAAAGAAGAGUUGGUACAUGCUUUGUCAGCCGAAUCAAUACAAAGUUCUAAGCUCAAGGCUUUAAACAAGGAAUUAUCCCGAAAACUUGAAAUUCAGACGCAAAGAUUAGAACUUUUGACCUCUCAGAGUAUGGCAAAUGAUAGUGUUGCUCCAAGACAACCAGAUUCUGUCAUCAUACCUAAGCACACUCCAUAUGCUGAUGAAGGUGAUGAGGUUGUGGGAAGGGUAUUAGGGUGGUUAAUGAAGAUCUUUCCUGGAGGACCUUCGAAGAGGCGGACCAGCAAGCUGAACUAGUACUAAGAAUCAGGAGGAGCUCAUCCUUGAACUGUUAUACAAUGAAUGUUGCGGUAUGUAUAUUGCGAGUCAAUUACCAGGUCCAUAUUUUUUGACAGCGGAAGUGCUUCCAAGAAGCUCAUGUAUCGAAGGAACGAGAUGAUUGCCAUUUUGUUUGAAUAUGAUGGCAAUAAAUCUAGCCCCGUGUUUCCACAUUGGUGAUAUACGUGGGUCUUGUAUGUAAUUGGGAUAUUUACCAAGUCUAAUUGAGAAGUCAAAGAGAAGAGGUGAUUGAGCAUGUAAACUGUGUUUUCUUUUUAUUGUGUUCUCAGAGGUAGCACAAAAUAUUUUGGUUUAUGUAGUUAUAUAGGAGAAGAUUAUUGUAUGAUCAGGAAUAUAGUGGCCAAGAAGCCCGGAAUAUAUAAAUAUAGAAAUGAUUUGUGGGAUU